CCGUAAGAUUCUAAAUGAUAACACUAUUGUGUGACUUGUUAUGCAUUCGGAGCAAUUAUCUCUUCUCUUUUUAACCAUCACACCUAUUUCAUUCCCUCAUUCCGUAAUUCUCAACUAUUUAAACAUGCAACAGAGAUUGACAAAAGAAGAAUAUCGUCAAGCCAAAGAGCUUGAUGCAGCUCGUAAAGCAGGUACUGCUCCUGCUGAAGUAGAUGAAGAAGGCAAUGAAAUCAAUCCACAUACACCGCAGUUCAUGUUAAAGGCGCCUUGGUACGUCGAUACCGGUAAAGUGUCUCUGAAGCAUCAAAAGGCACCACAAAAGCGUAAAGGAGUAAAAUUCACAGAGGAAGAUAACUAUUGGUAUGCAAGAGGCAAAAGAGCUGGACCAGCGGCUACGAAAUAUAGAAAAGGCGCUUGUGAAAAUUGCGGUGCCAUGACACAUAAAACAAGAGAUUGUGUUGAACGACCACGUAAAAAGGGAGCAAAAUGGACAGGAGAGAAUAUCAAAGCGGAUGAGAUUAUUCAAAACGUGGAUCUUGAUUGGGAUGAGAAAAGAGAUCGAUGGAAUGGCUACGAUCCUCGAGAGCACGAUAAAGUCAUUGAGGAAUAUGAAAAGAUCGAAGAAGCACGAAGAAAGAUGAAAGCAACUGAACUGGAUAAGCAAGGACCUACAACGACAUCUGAGGCGAAAAAGAUAGCCGGAGUACACUCAGACGACGAAGACAACGAUGAUGAUGAUGAUGAUAAAUAUGCAGACGCAGCAGAUAUGCCGGGUCAACAUGUGAAUCAAAAGACAAGAACCACCAUUCGUAAUUUGAGAAUUCGUGAGGAUACAGCCAAGUAUCUACUAAACUUGGACACAGACUCGGCCUUCUAUGAUCCAAAGACUCGUUCUAUGCGUGAUAACCCACUUCCUAAUCGAUCGGACGAUAGCAUUGAUUUUGCGGGUGAUAAUUUUGUUCGUCAUUCAGGAGAUGCUCCCAAUAUGGCAAAAGUACAAUUAUUCGCAUGGCAAGCAGCAGAUAGAGGAAAUGAUGUUCAUCUUCAAGCUAACCCUACACAAGUGGCUAUAUUACAUAAAGAAUAUGAAUCAAAGAAAGAUGAAGUUCGAGAUACAACACAAAAGAGUAUUCUUGAGAAAUAUGGAGGAGAGGAGUAUUUGGAAGCACCACCGAAAGAGUUGUUGCUUGCCCAAUCAGAAAAUUAUGUUGAAUAUUCCAGAACGGGUAGAGUCAUCAAGGGACAGGAAAGGGCUAAAGCCAGAUCAAAAUACGAAGAAGAUGGUAAGUUGUUGUUACGGUUUUGAUGCUUUCAAUGAUAAGGGCUAACCAAGUUAUGUUUAUGUAGUCUACAUCAACAAUCACACGUCAGUAUGGGGCUCUUAUUGGUCUGAAGGACAAUGGGGAUAUAAAUGCUGUAGAUCAAAUGUCAAGAACUCUUAUUGUACGGGUCAAGCUGGCAUUGAAGCACAGAAGGCGUCUCAGCAACUCAUUAAACAAGAUUAGUCUUAAAAUAGAAACUGAAAUAAAACUUUUUUCCCCGACAUUUAUGCAACUGUUGUGAAAACGGAAAAGGGACUUGUUUUUGGUUUUAGAAGGGAUGGUGCAAUACAUAUGCAAGAUAGUGAAAGGGAAAAUGAAAACUAAGCCGAAAUUGCAAAAUUAAGAAGAUUUUUCAUAAGCUUGGCGUCAUGUAGAAAGGCGUUUCCUUAUUGGGAGUUUAAGGUUAAAAAAUGCUGUGUGUGCUUAUUUAAUGUGUGUGUGCGUGGUCCGUGAUUCCUUUUCCGUUGUUUCCUCCCCCC